GCUGCAAUUCGUCGUCAAUGUCGGUUUUUAGUUGCUCGAUUGGCGUCAUGUGGAACACAGAGGAUAUUAGAUUGCUGCGAAGUGGACCUAGCAAUGAAGUUUAUAAAAGAAUUUUCCUAUAUAGCAGCUGGCUGCUCUAUUGGAUUGCACGGUGUUGUAAUUUUCUCAAGUUACGCUAUAAUUCGCACAGUAGGCGAUUGGAGCACACGCAAUAUAAUAUUAUUAUUACAAAGUUAAUUCUGACGGUUAAAUGCCUUUUUUUGCUGAGACACAUUGUGGAUUACAUGGUGAUUGGGUUUGUGAUCUGGAUUCAUUUAUUUCGAGUUGAAAAGGCGGAUGGCCAAAACUUUCUGAUCAGCUUGGCCAUGCAAGGGAUUUCCAUAAACGUACUACGCCGCAUUGUGAUAUUUCUGCAUUCCCAGGAGGAUUGCAGACUGAUAAAGCAGUUGGUCAACGAAAUCAUCUAUAUCUCACGCACCAUCGAGUCUAAAUUUGGCAUGAUUUAUCACUGUGAAUUUAGUCUAUUGGGGCUUUAUCUGUGCAAGAUGUACUUGGUAUACUUAAUAAUGGAGACCAUGUGGUAUAAGCCUUACUUUUUAUGGAUCAACUUAUUUUACUGGAUACUAAUGGAGUACUGUGAAUUUGCCUACUUCCUCUAUCAAUUAAUUUUACUCAAUUGGUAUCGCAACCUGUCCUUCUUUCUGCAGUCCUUAACUGAGUAUCAUGAGACCCUAGAGUUUAUAUCCCGUCAUUAUCAUCGCCGUCUGUUGUUGCUUUUCAAGGUUCAUUUGCGGAUUAUUAAACUGCAUAAAUAUAUAAAAGAGAAGGUAGCCUGGUUACCCUCAGCCAUCUACUUGGGCAUAUUCACUAGCAUCUUCAAUAUGGAACUUCUUCUGGAGUGUAUGAUCUAUGCUCAGGAUGAUAUCGAGAAUAAAAUGUAUAUAAUAGCUGAUGGUUGUCUGGGUCCCGCACUUGUUCCUCUGCUCAAUGUGUUAAUCCUUGGCAUAUGUACAGAUCGAUUACGCAGCGUAGAGUUGACUCUACAACAACAGAUUGUGAUCAUAAAUAUUCAAUAUAUUCGUAAGGCCUAUCAACACGAUAAUACACUUAAAGUGCUCCAUAAUGAGCAUACUUCAUUGAUUGUGCACCAAAAACUGGAACCUCUUUUAAAUGAGAUUGUAUUUGGAAUGAUUUGCGAUCGAGAGUUUGCCUUCGACUACUUUCUGACUGUAAUGAUAACCGCAUUAUCUUUUAUACAAUACACCGUUUCAACAAAUCGAAAUGUCGCCGAGUGUGUGUCCCACAAGUAG